GGGACGCGUUGGGGCGUGGCUUCCGGGGCGCCCAGCCCAGAGUGGGCGAGCGGAGUGUGCGAGCCCGCCCCCCCCAUAUAAGAGGGGUGCGGCACUGCAGCUCGCGCAGUUCUCACCGAGACCCGUCACCCCGACUCAACGUGAGACGCACCACCAGGACUCACCAUGCGUGAAUGCAUCUCAGUCCAUGUGGGGCAGGCAGGGGUCCAGAUGGGCAAUGCCUGCUGGGAGCUCUACUGCCUGGAACAUGGGAUCCAACCUGAUGGACAGAUGCCCAGUGACAAGACCAUUGGUGGAGGGGAUGACUCCUUCACCACCUUCUUCUGUGAAACUGGUGCUGGAAAACAUGUGCCUCGGGCAGUUUUUGUGGAUCUGGAACCCACUGUAAUUGAUGAGAUCCGAAAUGGCCCAUAUCGACAGCUCUUCCACCCAGAGCAGCUCAUCACUGGGAAAGAAGAUGCCGCUAACAACUAUGCCCGUGGCCACUACACCAUUGGCAAGGAGAUCAUCGACCCUGUGCUGGACCGGAUCCGCAAACUGUCUGACCAGUGCACAGGACUUCAGGGCUUCCUGGUAUUCCAUAGCUUUGGAGGGGGCACCGGCUCUGGCUUCACCUCCCUCCUGAUGGAGCGGCUCUCUGUUGACUAUGGCAAGAAAUCCAAGCUGGAGUUCUCCAUCUACCCAGCCCCCCAGGUGUCCACCGCUGUGGUCGAGCCCUACAACUCCAUCCUGACCACCCACACCACCCUGGAGCACUCAGACUGUGCCUUCAUGGUGGACAAUGAAGCCAUCUAUGACAUCUGCCACCGCAACCUGGACAUCGAGCGCCCAACCUACACCAACCUCAACCGCCUCAUCAGCCAAAUCGUCUCUUCCAUCACCGCCUCCCUGCGCUUUGAUGGGGCGCUCAACGUGGACCUGACAGAGUUCCAGACCAACUUGGUGCCCUACCCUCGCAUCCACUUCCCCCUGGCCACCUAUGCGCCAGUCAUCUCCGCAGAGAAGGCCUACCACGAGCAGCUGUCGGUGGCAGAGAUCACCAAUGCCUGCUUCGAGCCUGCCAACCAGAUGGUGAAGUGUGACCCCCGGCACGGCAAGUACAUGGCCUGCUGCCUGCUGUACCGCGGAGACGUGGUGCCCAAGGAUGUCAACGCCGCCAUUGCUGCCAUCAAGACGAAGCGCAGCAUCCAGUUUGUGGACUGGUGCCCCACGGGCUUCAAGGUUGGUAUCAACUACCAGCCGCCCACGGUGGUGCCUGGGGGCGACCUGGCCAAGGUGCAGCGUGCCGUGUGCAUGCUGAGCAAUACGACCGCCAUUGCUGAGGCCUGGGCCCGCCUGGACCACAAGUUCGACCUGAUGUAUGCGAAGAGGGCUUUUGUACACUGGUAUGUGGGAGAGGGCAUGGAGGAGGGUGAGUUCUCAGAGGCCCGGGAGGAUAUGGCUGCCCUGGAGAAGGAUUACGAAGAAGUGGGCAUUGACUCCUAUGAGGAUGAGGAUGAGGGAGAAGAAUAGAACAGCUGCCUGGAGCCUGUUCACUGUCUGUUGCAAAAUUCUUUUGAAAUAAACAGUCUCCUUGCACGGUUUCUCA